AUGCCUGGUACUGGCACGGCAAACCCCUUCGGACUGGUCUUGCCCAGGGAGAGAAAAUCAGACCCGUCUGUACCGGAUCAUACAUCCUCCAGACUUCCGACCACUGUGCGCCUGGUCGACCAUGCUGUCCUCCAAAUAUCCAGGAUAAACCGUCCUGUCCAUGCGGACACGGACAUGGACAUGGUAGCAACACCGAAAGCCACCACUGGAUCCCAGAGCCGCCGCAGCAGAACCCAAACUGCUGCUCUCCUGGAGUGCAACAACCAAGAAAUUGCGGUCCUGAAGGCCAACAGGAUCAGAUCCCUCGCUGCUCUGCCCCGGCUUGCACCUGUCAAGACUGUCCAUGCGACACUCUCCGCCCAGAGCCCUGCUCUCUAG